ACAGGAUAUUAAAGAGCAUGUUUGAGUAUGUGUCAUAGUUCAUGAAAACAAUGAUUAACCUGAUAGUGCAAACAAAGAGCUCAAAGAGCGUUUGCAGAGGACACGAUUCACUCAGUCUGACUGCUGAAUGCAUAGAGGAAGCUCAUCUGCAGACCAACUGAUCCAACUGUCAGCAGCCCACCGAUCCCUCCACAAUGGAUGAGUUUGACGGCUUGACUCCCAGCGAAACUGUGAAACGAGUGUCUGACUCUCUGGGCUGCAGUCCGACCUCUGCAGAAGUGGCUGCUUACUUCGACAAACAUGACAAACUGCGACAUCUCAGGGAGGAAUUUCUGGUACCGAAAAUUACAGAGCUGCCGCCUUCUGAUCUUUCACUGGUCAAUGGUGCCAAGGACUGUAUCUACUUUUCGGGCAACUCGUUGGGGCUGCAGCCUAAAAAUGUCAAGAAGUACCUGGAAGAGGAACUGGAGACGUGGGCCAAGAUUGCUAUCCAUGGACACACAAUGGGUGCGAGACCUUGGGCAUGGGCUGAAAACAACAUUGAGGAACUGAUGGCCAAAGUUGUAGGAGCUAAAACUGAGGAAGUGGCACUGAUGAACGGUCUGACAGUAAAUUUACAUCUUUUGUUGCUUUCCUUCUACAAACCCACUAAAACUCGACAUAAAAUCCUUCUAGAGGACAAGGCCUUUCCAUCUGAUCACUACGCUGUGGAGUCUCAGAUCCGUCUGCGAGGACUCGAUCCUAAGGACAGCAUGCUGCUGCUGUCACCCAAGCCGGGAGAAGAGACCCUGAAAACCGAGGACAUCCUGGAGGUGAUCGAGAAGCAGGGCGACUCUAUUGCAGUGGUAAUGUUUAGCGGGGUUCAGUAUUACACCGGCCAGCUGUUCGACAUGGCCCGCAUCACUGAGGCUGGCCAGAGGAAGGGCUGUUAUGUCGGCUUCGACUGCGCCCACGCGGCAGGAAACGUCGAGUUGGAACUGCACGACUGGGGUGUCGACUUCGCCUGCUGGUGCUCCUACAAGUAUAUAAACUCAGGUGCUGGUGGUCUCGCUGGAGCGUUUAUCCAUGAGAAACACAAACACACCAUCAAACCAACGCUGAUGGGAUGGUGGGGACAUGACCUGAAGUCUCGGUUUCAGAUGACUAACGUGAUGGAGCUGCAGCCUGGAGUGAGCGGCUUCAGGCUGUCGAACCAACCAAUCCUGCUGGUCUGCCCACUGCAGGCCAGUCUGGAGGUGUUUAACAUGACCACCAUGCAGGCUCUGCGCAAGAAGUCCCUCCUACUAACCGGCUACCUGGAGUAUCUGAUUAAGCACUACUACACUAAGGACCCGGCUCAGCCUCACAAACCUCACGUCCACAUCAUCACACCGUCGGAGCCUCAGCAGAGAGGCUGCCAGCUUUCACUCUCCUUCUCUGUUCCCAUCAAAAGAGUCUUCGAGGAGCUGGAGAAGAGGGGUGUCGCUUGUGACAUGAGGGAGCCGAGCGUGCUGCGAGUUGCUCCGGUGCCAAUGUACAGCUCCUUCAGUGAUGUCCAUCGCUUCAUCAGAGCGCUGGGAGAGGCUCUGGCUGCCAGCAAGCAAGAUUGGGAGAGGAACUGACUGCUACAAACUCCUGUGUUUUUUCAUGAUUAUUAGAAAAGUUGUAAAGCAUUAUGCUUUCUUUAAACGCCUCAGGUCUCUCAUUUUGUGCCUUUUUGAACCAUUUGAGCCUCAUUAUCUUCACUGUAUUGUUAGACUUUUUUUUUUUAUCUGUUGCAGAGAUAUAUGUCAUAAAUUCUCAGAAGUAAAAUAUUUUUAGUUGACAGUUUAAAAUAAAGCUGAGAACAGCCUUCAGAUUGAGAGAGAACCCUGACGUUCCCUUGGUCUUUGUUUCGUGAAAUGAAACAAAAUUGGUAUGUGACCAAAUGCUACGAGACAACUAACCUUCAGUUUUAAAGCUGUGGCUUUAAAUAAUGGCAAGAAAACUGUAUUUACACAAUUUUAUGACACCACAGCGAUGUGAAAUGUAUCAUCUUGCAUUUAAAAUAGUGAAUUGGAUAUAAAUCCUUUGAUUUUAAUAGAUAUUUAAUAUAUUUUCUUAUACGUAUAGUGAUGUGAAAAAGUGUGAAAAAGUAUGAAAAAGUAUUUGAACCAUUCUUGAUUUAUUAGCUUGUUGCUAUUUGAUCAAACAAAAUGUAAUAUUAGACAAGGAUAACUCAAGUACCUGGCCCUGUGUGAAAAAGUACAUUUAAAAACAUCAGUAAUGAUUUUUGUUUCACUGUCCCUCAUUCUGAAAGGCCUUUUUCUUAGUUAUUAUUAUUAUUAUCUGUAUUUUUAACUGCUGGUUUUUACAGUACCUCAGCAAGUCUUUUCUCGUAGUUAUUAUAUCAUAAUUAAAGAUAGUAUUUAUCACAUCUAAACAGACUAUUAGUGUUAAAGUGCUAACACCGGUGUCACACCAAUUAUAUUUCUGUAUAUUUCUUCUAUAUAAAUGAUUAUAAACGUCUCAUUAAAAAAGUGACAAUUCUCAAAAGUUCGAUGCUAUUCAAAUAAUGAACUAUUUGUAUAAGUAGGAGAAAACUAAGAAACAAUCCCAUGGUUUUUUAUUGUACACUUAUAUAUAAUUUAUUAAUAAUUUAAUGAUUGAUGAGUGAUUUCUAUGUCAAAAGGCAAAUUAAAAUUUAGUUUUUUUUAAA